AUGCUGGGGCUCGGCUCCCUGGCGCUGCUGCUGCCCGUCCUGCUGGGCUGCAGCCACCCCGUCCCCGGCAAGAAGAGCUUUCACAAGCUGCUGCUGAUCUCCUUCGACGGCUUCCGCUGGGACUACGACCAGGAUGUGGACACCCCCAACAUGGACAGCCUGGCCAAAGACAGAUUCCAGGGGACCGUCUUUCACGAGGUUGCCUUCAAGCUGUCAGCUGGGCUGCCGUCAUCUGGGGGCUCAAGUCGCUGGAUUGAAGAUCAUGGAGUCAUUCACAACAUGAUGUUCAACACAGAGACGCUCUGGAAGCACACCUACAAGGCCACCCAGAACAAGUCUGAGUGGUGGGACAAACGGGUCCUCCCCCUCUGGAUCACAGCCCAGAGGCAGGGGAGGAAAACAGCAUCAUUCCACUACCCCGGGGGAGGUGCCAAGUAUAAAGGUGAGGCCGUCCAGAGCUCCCUGGUGGAGUCCUACACACACCCAGAUAGCAACGAGACGGAGUGGAGAGAGAACAUCGACAUCGUCAUGGAUUGGUUCACCAAGGAGGACUUUGACUUCGUGACUCUGUACCAUGGAGAGCCGGAUAAGGUGGGGCACAGAGUCGGGCCUGAGACAGAGAACAGGAGGGUGAUCAUUCGGCAAAUCGACAGAACCAUCAGGUACCUGGUGGACGCCAUCAAGAGGCAUGGCUUGGCGAAUCACCUUAACAUCAUCAUCACAUCAGACCAUGGCAUGACCACAGUCAAGAAGCAGCCCAAUGUCACUGAGAUCCUCUUGUCAAACUACAUCAGUUUCAGGAACCUAGUCAAGUUUGACAUUGAGGACUAUGGCAGCUUUGGGAUGAUCCUCCCCAAACCGGGGCAAGAGGAAGCCAUUUACCAAGCGUUAAAGAAUGCACAUCCUCACCUCAACGUCUACAAAAAGGAGGAAUUUCCAGAACGUUUUCAUUUUGCUAAACAUGAGCGGGUCCUGCCAAUUGUGAUAUAUGGUGACUCUGGUUACAACAUCAAUGGGCGAUUUAUAAUAUAUUUCAACAAAGGGGAUCAUGGCUUUGAUAAUGCCAACAUGGACAUGAAGACCAUAUUCAGAGCUUUUGGACCAGAUUUCAAGAAGAAUCACCUGGCCGAGCCUUUUGACAGCAUCCACAUCUACCCACUGAUGUGUAAGCUCCUGGGACUGACCCCCGAACCCCACAACGGCUCUCUGGCAGUCACCCAGGAAAUGCUCCUGGACUCUUCUGACCAACAGUCCAGACCCUCCAGGAGGUUCAGAAGAAUCGAGAAUGACCACGCGGCACCGUGGCCUGACCCCACGCCCCGCGAGAGCCUCGCCACCCCGCCCACGUCCCCCAUAGCCCCGCCCCGAGCCCCGUCCCAAACCCCGUCUCCCAGGCCCGAGCAGCAUCCCAGUGGGCCCGUGGGCCCGCCCCCGAGCCCAGCCAAGAGCCCCCUGACUCCCAGGUACCGCCUCCCGGGCCCCGCCUCCAGGAUCCCCGCCCCAAGCACCGCCUCCCAGAGCUCGCGCAUCACCUCGGCUCCGCCCUAA